AGACCAUUGACUUGUCGAGCAGCGAACGCCACGACAGACAUGGCUGAUAAGAGCAGCAAGAGUCAUGACAGCCUUGCGACCUUUCAAAAGCUCACGUCGCGCUCGGACGUCGCCGGCCUCGUCUGCGUCGUAACGGGCGGGAGCAGUGGCCUGGGCCUGUACGCGUCUCAAGCCCUCGCGCUUGCCGGCGCAACAGUCUACAUCCUCGGGCGCAACACAGAGGCACUCGACCGUGAGGUGAAGCGCCUGGAGACCAAUGCUGGAUCCGGCUCGCAGGGUAAGAUGAGAAGGGUGGUGUGCGACGUGACGAGCAAAAAGAGCUUGAGCGAGGCAGUGAGGGCCGUCAGCGAAGAGCAGAUAGAAGGCAUCGAUGUUGUCAUUUGCAACGCAGGCGUCUCCGGCAGGCUCAUGAAGAACUACGGCUCGUCCGGCUUCGACAUCGACAAUUUUGACGCAAUGCAGCGCGAGCUCGACUCCUUCACAAUCGAAGAGGCUGAAGACAUCUUCCGAACAAACACCCUUGGACCAUACUUCACCGCCACGGCCUUUCUCCCGCUCCUCAAGGCUCGCGUCAAGCACUAUGCCUCGCAGCCUCGAGACAAGACCUAUGUUCCACAGAUCAUCACAGUCAGCUCCAACGCUGCGCAUGUCAAAUACCCUAUCCUCAAUGCAUUUUACAAUCUCUCAAAGACGUCGGCGUCGCAGUGGGCCCACAUGCUCUCGGCCAUGCUCGCCCACAGCGGCAUCCGGUCCAACACGCUCGAGCCGGGCCUGUACCCGUCCGCCAUGACGACAGCUUCGCCGCAGGACGUACAAACGGGGCACUGGAGCCUCGGUGACUCGACCAACGGCGCAGACCUCCCGCUGGGGAGAGCAGGCUUGCCACAUGAGCAUGCCUCUUCGGUCCUCUACCUCUGCGGGAGGGGGGCCAUCUUUGCAAACGGCACCACACUCAGGGUAGACGGCGGGGCGAUGCAGAGAGUCCCGACGACAAAUUGAGUUGAUGGCAUCGCUUAUACCUAUGAUAUUGCUAUGUGAGAGUGGAUGUGAAUAGUCACAUGAAGUAGAAUGAAGAUUGCUGCGCAUCAAGGAAUGAA